GUUAGGGCCCCGCCCCCAAGAUCUGUCAUGGCGGCGUCUGGUAUUCUGGCCGGUGUGAAGGGACGGGAUGCUACUAGGAUUUUUGUCUGCGCGAGUAGCCGGUUUGGAAGACCCUCUUCGCCUCCGGAGAGCGGAGUCCACAAGGAGGGUUUUGGGACUGGAGUUAAACAAAGACAGAGUUGUUGAAAGGAUCCAUAGCAGUGGCGUUAACACCCUUGACAUCGAACCUGUUGAAGGGAGAUAUAUGUUGUCAGGUGGUUCAGAUGGUGUGAUUGUACUUUAUGAUCUUGAAAACUCCAGCAGACAACCUUAUUACACAUGUAAAGCAGUGUGUUCCGUUGGCAGAAGCCAUCCUGAUGUUCACAAAUACAGUGUGGAGACUGUACAGUGGUAUCCUCAUGACACUGGCAUGUUCAUUUCAAGUUCGUUUGAUAAAACUCUGAAAGUAUGGGAUACAAACACAUUACAAACUGCAGAUGUAUUUAAUUUUGAAGAAACAGUUUAUAGUCAUCAUAUGUCUCCCGUUGCCACCAAGCACUGUUUGGUAGCAGUUGGUACUAGAGAGCCCAAAGUACAGCUUUGUGACUUAAAGUCUGGAUCCUGUUCCCACAUUCUACAGGGUCACAGACAAGAAAUAUUGGCUGUUUGCUGGUCACCGCGUUAUGAAUAUAUCUUGGCAACUGCAAGUGCUGACAGCAGAGUAAAAUUAUGGGAUGUGAGAAGAGCAUCAGGAUGUUUGAUUACUCUUGAUCAGCAUAAUGGGAAAAAGUCACAAGCUGUUGAAUCAGCAAAUACUGCUCAUAAUGGGAAAGUUAAUGGCUUAUGUUUUACAAGCGAUGGACUUCACCUCCUCACUGUCGGUACAGAUAAUCGAAUGAGGCUUUGGAAUAGUUCCAAUGGAGAAAACACACUGGUAAACUAUGGAAAAGUUUAUAAUAACAGUAGAAAAGGAUUGAAACUUACUGUCUCCAGUGGCUGCAGUUCAGAAUUUGUUUUUGUACCAUAUGGUAGCACCAUUGCUGUUUAUACAAUUUACUCAGGAGAACAGAUAACUAUGCUUAAGGGACAUUAUAAAAGUGUUGACUGCUGUGUGUUUCAGUGUAAUUUCCAGGAACUUUAUAGUGGUAGCAGAGACUGCAAUAUUCUUGCUUGGAUACCAUCCUUAUAUGAACCCAUUCCCGAUGAUGAGGAGACUACAGCCAAGUCACAGUUAAAUCUAGCAUUUGAAGAUGCCUGGAGCAGCAGUGAUGAGGAAGGAUGAAUAUUAGUGUUUAGUUCCUUUGUAUCUACUGGUAAAACUUCAGAUGUGGGAAUUUCUUUUUAAUCUGUCUGUCCAUUGAAGGCUAAAUUAGCCCUGAAUGUGUGUGAGUUUUUCACCUGAUUGCUAACCUCACAAGGUAUCUACAGAACUGUUGCUACAGUAGACGGAGACAAGUGAUGGUAUUCCGCUUCUCUUCACCCCAUGUGGGACAUGGAGCAGAUUAUAUGAACAAUAAGAUGCAGACCCAAGGUUCAGCAAGUGGAGGUAUAAGCAUUCACUUUCUCCUGGAGGUAUAAGCAUUCACUUUCUCCCACUGGCUAUAUUACCACCCUGCUCAUUUUCACUUUCAAGAUAAUUUUAGUAAAGAUGAUUGUAUCAAAAGUAAUAAUUGAAAAGGUAACACCAAAAUUAUCUUAACCAUUUUCAGGUAUUCCAUUUUCCCAAUGAUUUCAUUUACUUGACCAGCAUCAGUUCUAAUGUUAAGAUAUUUUUAGAUUCCAUGCUUCCGACAAUUCAAGAAGUUUCUCAGAGGAGGGUUUUAACUUGAGGAAAAUCCCAUGUUUACUGUAAUGCUCCAGGUGGCAGCUCAUUCUCAUGCUAGGAGCCCCCAUUUAUGAAUCUCAUUAAGAUGUGACCAAGUCCUACUUCAUUCAUUAAAGCAGAAAAAUAUGCUGACAAGGUUCUAGCUAAAACAUGAAGUAUUGUAAAAAUUUCUAUUUUAUUGUUUCUCUUUUGUGUGUCAUAGCUCAAGAUGAUUAUCAUAAAGGCAAUCAUAUCUUUCUUACUGAGUCUAUCAGUAGAAGGCUAGUAAAAGAAGUUUUGUGAACUUGAUUACUAAACAUGUUGUUGGAGAGUUUUAAGUAUAUAAAUGUUAGAGCUACCUUCUGACCAAAUGCUUUCCACUCACUCACUUUAUAGUUGAAUGUCUAGAACCCUGACCAUUUUGUGUUCAUUUUGUUCCUUCCUUGUUGAAGGAAAUGCUCAGCCUUGAAGAUACUUACAACCUUGAAGAAAAAUGUUGAAACUUAAAAUUAUUUUUUUUUAAUUUUAAGAUAAAUGAGGUCUUUCUCCAGGCUGUCAAUAACUAUGUUGCUUCUUUCUAAUUAUGUAAGUGUGCAUGCUCAUUAGAAACAAUUCCAGCAGCAUAGAAACUUACAAAAGAAUGUAAUGGUAACCCUGGGAUCAUACCACCCUAAGCUGGUAUUAUAGUGGCCAUUCAUCUCUUUAUACACCUAGUUUGUGUAAUAGGAUGCUUAUUUAGCAUGUUAUUCUGGGAGCUCCUGCCCCUAUCUCCUACCCCUCCUGCCACAAUCCGAGUUAUUGACCAACUGUGUGCUCCUUCACAUUACAGUCCUUUAUGGACCUGUGUAGACAUAAGUGGGGAAGUAUUUUUUUUUUUUCUUGGCAAAAUGAAAUACACGAUUUUGACCUUUUUCUUUUUCAGUUUUUGCUUACAAAAAUAUGUCUGUGUCAUUUGCCAUAAAAUAAUUGUUAAUAGUUUACUAUAGUUUCUUACUUCCCAUAUCCAUAGUCUUGCAGGUGGGUCCUUCAUCCUGGGCACAUGGCCUCUUCCAGGACUAGCUCAUCCUUAGGAGCAUGUCUUUGAUGAGAAAGCAGCCAAUUCAAAGUACCCACUCCCAAUCAUUUUCUUUAUCAGAUUCCCAUAUAUCAAGCCAAUAUUUCUCCUGUCCUAAAUUGCUGGAGGGCCAAGAUACCAGAUAACUGGGGACAACCCAUUACCCCUGACCCCACUAAAAUUAUUCAGGCUAUGCAAUCCUAAAUUCAGGGUACCUCCCCUGCCUCACUCAUUUUGCUCUCAAAACCUCCAGUAAAACCUAAGCAUCAUGCUCCUGCCUUUCCCUAGAGAGGAGGCCUCCUGACCGGCCCCGGUCCUUGUCCCUGUGCCCUGCAUGGUGUGAUGUAUGUGACUAUAAACUUACUCCUUCAUUACAGCCAUCUCUUUGUGUAUCUUGCCAUACAUGAUUAGAACAAAUCCAGGUAUAAGUCUUAACCUGGUUGGCACAGAAAAUGGGGCUUGAUACCAAAUGAAUAUGAUAUGAUCUUAAACUGCCUUUGGCUUACUACUAACUGCAUCUAAAGUCAGUAGCCUCUGCCUGAAAUAGCACCCAUCAUUGUUGGCCCGUUUGAUGGCUUCUGUAUUAUGUUGUCAGCUAUUGCCAUGAUCUCCCAACCUAAAGGGUGUACUCACCAUUUUUCCUCACAAAGAUGCUCCCAAGGUAACUUCUAGCAGGAAAUCACAUAAAAAAAAAGAGGGGGUGGGGUGUUAGGUAAGUCACAGAAAACUGGGACAGAAG